CCCGGUGAGGAGCUGCUACUUUUCAUGAAGGCUGAAGAGUAUUCAUGUGACACCAUGGCUCCUGAUAUUCAUGAGGAGAGGCAGUACCGCUGUGAGGACUGUGACCAGCACUUUGAGUCCCGCAACCAGCUGCUGGAUCACCAGAAGCAGCCAUGUGGGAUGCCCCCCUCCUCUUUCCUUAACCCAGGUGGGGACAGUGACCUAAAGGCCCAGGAACCUCAAGACUUGCGACCCCUCCACAUGUCCCAUGGUCUACACGAGUGUAAGGAGUGUGACCAGGUCUUUCCUGACGUCCAGAGCCUGGAGGCCCAUGUUCUCUCCCACUCUGAGGAGAGGGAAUAUAAGUGUGACCAGUGCCCCAAGGCCUUCAACUGGAAAUCAAACCUGAUCCGACAUCAGAUGUCACAUGACAGUGGCAAGCACUACGAAUGUGAAAACUGCUCAAAGCAGGUGUUCACAGACCCCAGUAACCUGCAGAGGCACAUCCGCUCACAGCACGUCGGGGCACGGGCCCACGCCUGCUCCGACUGCGGCAAGACGUUCGCUACGUCUUCGGGCCUCAAGCAGCAUAAGCACAUCCACAGCAGUGUCAAGCCCUUCAUGUGUAAGUCACUAAGACCCUACCUAUGCGAGGUAUGCCACAAGUCCUACACCCAGUUUUCUAACCUGUGUCGCCACAAACGCAUGCAUGCUGACUGCCGCACACAGAUCAAGUGCAAGGACUGUGGGCAGAUGUUCAGCACCACGUCCUCCCUCAACAAGCACCGGCGCUUCUGUGAAGGAAAGAACCAUUUCACAGCAGGGGGCUUGUUUGCCCAGGGUAUGCCACUCCCUGGGGCCCCUGGCUUGGACAAAUCAGCUCUGGCGAUGGGCCACAGCAGUGCUGGACUGGCUGAUUACUUUGGGGCCAGUCGCCACCAUGGCGGGCUUACCUUCCCUGCUGCCCCAGCAUUUCCUUUCAGCUUCCCUGGCCUCUUCCCCUCUGGACUCUACCACCGGCCACCGCUCAUUCCUGCCACCACCUCUCCCGUCAGACAACCGUCCCAUGCACCCAUUACCGGGCCUGGUGCAGAGCUAAGUAAGAGUCCCCUGCUGCCUCCGAGCCCUGGCACUCAGGAGACCCGAGAGCUCCUCAAAGCUCUCCGUAAAGAUGGCGGUUCACCUGGCAGUCAGAUGCCAAGCUCAGAGCUCCACACUCAGAGCUCCUCAUCUUCCACAAAGCAGCGAAACAAGCAGAGUGACCAGUCUGAGAGCAGCGACCUGGAUGAUGUCAGCACGCCCAGCGGCAGCGAUCUGGAGAGCACAUCAGGCUCCGAGCUGGAGAGCGACAUGGACAGUGAGAGGGAGAGGGGGGCUGCUCGAGAAAAUGGCAAAGGCCCCAAGAGGAAGGCCAGUGAGGGAGGCCCCCAGAGCCCCAGCCUGACGGGCAGCAGUGCUGCUAAAGACUUUCCAGGCCCUUCCCUCAUCCCAUCCUCGCUGGACGAGCACACAGCUGUAACAGGGGCUGUGAAUGACUCUAUUAAGGCCAUUGCCUCCAUUGCUGAGAAGUACUUUGGCUCCACAGGGCUGGCUGGCCUACAGGACAAGAAGGUCGGGUCUCUGCCCUAUCCCUCCAUGUUCCCACUGCCUUUCUUCCCAGCUUUCUCUCCUCCAGUUUACCCUUUCCCAGACAGGGACCUUAGACCUCCAGGCCUGAAGGGCGAGCCACAGUCUCCGGCAGAUGACGGUAAGAAGGCCCAGGGAAAAUCUUCAGCCGAGUCACCAUUUGACCUCACUACCAAGCGAAAGGAGGAAAAGUCAGCCCCAUUCACUCCCUCCAAACCAGAGGCCUCCCACUCUGUUGGUCAGGAUCAGCCGCUAGACCUGAGCCUCGGCACCAGGGGACGUGGACGCCAUCCAAGAGAGGAGGAGACAAAGAAGAACCUGAAUUAUGAAGAGGAGAAGGGAGUGGUGGAGAUCCCAAAGGCAGACACCUCCUUACAGCAUGCCAGGCCCACCCCUUUCUUCAUGGACCCUAUCUACAGCAGGGUUGAGAAGAGGAGAAUGAGCGAUCCGUUUGAGACUCUGAAAGACAAGUACAUGCGGCCAGCUCCAGGCUUCCUCUUCCAUCCACAGUUUCGUUUGCCAGAUCAGAGAACUUGGAUGUCGGCCAUCGAGAACAUGGCAGAGAAGCUGGAGACGUUUGGCUCCUUGAAACCGGAGUCUGGCGACCUGCUGCGCUCCGUCCCCUCCAUGUUUGAUUUCAGAGCCCCACCCUCUGCACUUCCAGAGACGCUGCUGCGCAAAGGCAAGGAGCGCUACACAUGCAGAUAUUGUGGGAAAAUAUUCCCGCGCUCUGCCAACCUGACCCGCCACCUCAGGACUCAUACAGGAGAGCAACCAUAUAGGUGUAAAUACUGCGACCGCUCCUUCAGCAUCUCCUCCAACCUGCAACGUCACAUCCGCAACAUCCACAACAAGGAGAAGCCCUUCAAGUGCCACUUGUGUGACCGUUGCUUUGGUCAGCAGACCAACUUGGACCGUCACCUCAAGAAGCAUGAGAAUGGCAACCUGUCAGGCACUGCAAUGUCGUCUCCUCAGUCUGAACUGGACAGUAGCAGUGCCAUAUUGGACGACAAAGAAGACUCUUAUUUUAAUGAAAUAAGAAAUUUCAUCGGCAACACCGGCCAGAACCAGACAUCCCCAGACCCGUCUGAGGAAGGGUUAAAUGGCGGGCCAUUUGAAGAAGAGAAGCCUCUGAUGGCCAGCCAUGUGUCACGUGACCUGGAAGACGAGGAGGCGGAGGAGCUUGGUGCUGAUGAAGAAGAAGGGGAGGAGCCUAGCAACACCCCUGGGAAACCGGAAGGCGAGGUGCUCCCAAGCAACCUUAGUGAUGACAUCAUACAAGACGAAAUGGACUUCACUGGGCCAAAUGACUUGAACCUCAACUGCAAAACCUCUCCUAGGGGGUAUAAGGAUGAGGAGGAGCAGAGCGGCUACUCAGCCCUGGAUCAUAUUCGUCACUUUUCAGACAUGCGCAAGCUGGAGGAAAGUGAACUGAGCGAAGGAGAUGGAGAUGAGGACGAUGGAUCAUUUGGCUCCCCCUCCCUGACCGAGGCAGUCAAACAGCCACUCUUUAGGAAAUCUAAGUCUCAGGCGUACGCCAUGAUGCUGUCUCUGGCUGAAAAGGACUCUCUCCACCCAGCCACCCACACCCCAGCCACCAUGUGGCACAGUCUGGCACGGGCUGCUGCUGAAUCCAGCGCCAUCCAGUCCCUCAGCCAUGUAUGAUGACACCCCUCCGCGCUUUCCCUUUCACUUCUCAACCCCCAACCCUGACCGAUGGCACUGGGAGCCCAUUACAGGGGGCUAUUUGCGGGGGCCCCUGAUCGUCCACAGAGUGACUGCUGAGCAGAACCACAGCCCAUCUGACUGCUGAGUGGAGCGCCUUACACACAAAGCAGGGUUACUGUCCAUGCAGAACCAUGCCCAGCCCCAGCCCAAGAAAAUCUCCAACAGAUAGAGAGCAAAAAUGUCCCCAUGAGACCUUAAAAUUGAUUUCUUACAUUAACACCAACCAGGAUGUGGUGAAAAUAAUAAUGGUAAAAUAAUAAUAGCUGUAUUUAUUCUGCUGAAUUUCUAUGUUUUGCACAGCAAAGGCAGCUGGUGGACAUGGAAGAUGUGCUGAUGUAUCAUUGCUAGACUGCAUUUACUGCCCAGCACAUACAAAGCAAGGAGAACAUUUCACGCUGAGAGGGUGAGUUUGGUUGUGUCUCUAAGACAGCCGGUUUCAGCCUAGUGUGCUUCACUGUGCGUACAGCAUAAGAACUCUCUCGUCUGACAAAAUAUAUCUUUAAAAUGUUUUUACAAGAAAUCCCUUUAACCCCCAGAGAUCCACAGGUGCUUCUCAUAAAUACACGUACUUGAUGAUAAAAAUGAAGGGUGGGGUGAAGCAACCUCAGUUCAGAUGAAAACCGCUCCAUGUAAGGACAGCGCUAACAGCGCUUUAAUAUCACAAAAGGUAUUGAAGAAGAAAUAACAAAACGUAAUUGUUAAACUGAAAUCAGGCCAGUUUCCCAUCUGCGUUUUCAUAGCUGCGUGUGUCUGCACAAUCACAGCACUGUACACAAGUGUCUACCAACUGUUCUCCACUGCACUCCAUCCUGCCCGCCUGCGCUAUCUGUGAAAGGAUAUAAAUAGAUUGUCUUUUUAGUGGAAGAGAAGAAAACACUUUUUUUUUUACUGAGAUAAGUAGCCAGUGCUGAAGUUAAUUGUUGUUCUGUAAAGGGCAUAUGUCUUUUUCAAAACCCUUGAAUCCAUCCUAGUCAGCCAACAAUACCACUAAAUAGCCUGAAUGCUAGUCGUUAGCUACUCCAUGCUCGUGUGUCUUUCAUUUUUAGACAAUCAUGAUUUUGUUUUGUUUUUUUGUUUUUGUUUUUUUGUUGGUGUUGUUGUUGUUAUUUGCUGUUGUAUGUUGAGAAUUGUAUUUAUUUCUUGGCAAACUGUAGUUUGUUUACUGAAUAGCACUGCUCUUAGCCCAGGUGAUGGGGAGAUUCCUCACCGGGCUAUCCCAGAGUUCAAAGGGGUUUGUAGAUUACAUUUGAGUGCCGGAUAGUAUUAAACAUACAAUUCACUCCUUAUUCUUCUAAUGAAACCGGUUGAUGAAUAGAUAUUACUUAGGUUUUUUUUUUCUAUGACAAUUUAAUGAUUCAAUUGUAAAAAAUGAAAA